UUUCCGUUGAUCACACCAUCACAUCCCCAUUCGCAACACACACACACACACACACACACACACACACACACACACGCAAACACACAAACCACACUCGAGAUGAACAAGACGUUGAGUGUUGCUCGGCUGUUCGCCUCUGUGCGUGCGCGCCCGUCAGCGAUGGCAGGGGCGGCGCGGAGGGCGAGUGCAGCAGUGGCAGCGAUAGGAACGACAGCGGUGGCAACGCCCGUAGGUGUAACACUGAGCAGGGCUGGUCAUCGGACGGGCUUGCGACCAGCAGGAGCCACUGUAGCUGCAGUGAUGCGGCGAGGCAUGGCAGGUCACAGCAAAUGGGCCAAUAUCAAGCACAAGAAGGGCCUUGCAGACCGCAAGCGAGCACAGCUCUUUCAGAAGCUGUCCAGCCAGUUCCUUGUCUUUGCAGAGGCGCAGAAGCGCGAUCACGUCGUGCCUGAUAUCAGGCGUGUGACAAACAAGCACGGCGGAACGAUUGGCAAGGACGGCAGCUCCAUGUGGGCCUUCAAGCACCAGGGGGUGGUGAGUGUGCCUGCGUCUGUAAUGGAUGCGAUGGAUGUGGAGGAGCUUGCCAUUGAUAUCGACGCAGAGGACGUCGAACUGCCGCACGACCAAGACGAUGAUGAUGAUGACGAUGAUGAUGAUGAUGAUGAAGCACCAGUGAGGAUCAUCUGUCAGCCAACCGAUCUUGGCCGCAUAUCCCAAGCACUCAAGGAGCGCGGCGUUGAAGUGGAGGCGGCGGAGGUCGAGUACAUCCCAACCAAUAUGGCCACGCCAUCGAAGAAAGAAGAGGCGACGGUGCGGACGCUGCUUGGCCGGUUGGAGGAGUGCGAGAACGUGACGCAGGUCGUGUCAAACAUCGGAGAUGCACACGCUGAUGCAGACGAGGAAUAAAUUUUUUCGGGGACUUAGCUCGAGGGAUGGUGAUUGUGAGCAGGCCAGCACGCCAAUGAAUUGAUUUUGAUGCUCCUCAAUACACCAGUCACACCCA